AUGUGGAUGUCGUUAUCGGCCCGUCGUUCGUCGGCCCAGCUUGUGCCCACGACACUGCGUUCUACUGGUCCUACACGUCGCUCUACAAUCUUGUCGAUUACCCCGGUGUAG